UCUGAGGAGCAACUGCCACAACUGACUUACAGUGGGGCAGCAGGGUCGAAAGGACAUCGCUGUCCUGCUGUCUCCCACCACCAAGAUGGCUGGGUUCUGGUAACAUUAGCAAAAGAGGAAGAAAAGGACCUGGAAGAGGAAACAGAAACGGAAUCUGUGCCAUGGGUUCCGGCCCCUUUUGAUUCUGCCAGCCUGUGUGAAGAGGGGCCGAGACAAAUUCCGUGACAGUUAGAACUGACUGCCAAGAUGGAGAAGAAGGAACAAUUAGUCAUGACCUUCUACAAUCCUGAUGUUCCCAAAUAUAAGGAGUACCGGCAGUACCAAAGGCCUACCCUUCCAACCAAAGGUCAGCAGAGUGACUCGAUGACAUACGAGAGGCAGAAACAGCUUGUGGAGGAGACACAAACCUACACCCGAAUGUUCUGUGGCGGCCUCUGUGGUUUUAGCCUCCUAUUACAGAUCUGCGUUUCUCCAAUGGAAUGGGUGCAGUUCCUGGUGACCAAGAAUGGUCUUGAGCUCUCCGCAGGACUCUGGGUCAUAUGCCACCAUGAAGCACUGUGCUGGAGCCACGUACCCAAGCCACCUUAUUACCUCCUAUAUUCCAGGGUCUUAUUCCUCAUCUCUGUCAUCGCCAUACUUAUCUGCCUUGGUUCACUCUUCAAUUCUUGCCUCCCUAGAAGAGGAAACACGACAGCCAACUUGGAUCUGAAGGUAUCCAUGCUCAGCUUCAUCUCAGCUGUCUCCUUGCUCUUCUGCCUCAUCCUAUUUCUGACACAAGUUCAGUGGCAUACUAGGGAUAUUAUGGAGUCAACUUUCAUAUGGACUUUUUAUAUUAAUUGGUGGAGUGAUUUCUUAUACACCUUUGCUGGGAUCGUCUCCUUCCUCAACCACCUAAGAGCCAGAUCUCUUCCUCUUGAUCAUGGUGUCCCCACUGUGAUUCCCAUGGAGAGGUCAAGGCUGGGGAUUGGUCCAGUGACUUCAGCACCACCUGAACUCAAUAAAGAAACAAGCUCUGAGACAGAAACUUCAAGUGAGGAAGAGACAACACAAUAAAACACAGACCUGUGAUGUCAAUAGGAAAAUUCAGUUGCUGCUUCUCUUAGAAAAAGGCAGAGAAGCUAGUUGAGUUGGGGAUGACUGCAGAUUCUGGGACACUCUCCUAAUAUCAUCUCCUCAUUACUGAAGAAGACAGUAUUAAAGUUGAUGAAAUAUCCUCUGUGUACCCUGGAUCCAAAAUAUGUAUGUUAAUCAUAAAGUAAAAAAAAUUCACUUAAGAAAAAUAUUUUCUAAAAGAAAACAUAAGCAUUUAGGGUCACAAAUAAAAUAAA